AACAGAACAAAAACAAAGCAACCUCGGAAAACAAAGAAAAAAUCACAACAUACUAAUAUUGGUUUCAUUUCACGCCUUCAUAACUCGUAUUUAUUAUCAAAUAUUCUUUAUUUCUGGUCGGUUUUGAUUCCUCAAAUCUUCACCAGCUUUGAACCUAACACACUUAUCCUAUACUACUUGAUGUUUAUCUGAAAAACAAUACUGACGAUUUUUUCCCUGAAAUCUGUUGAUAGUUCAUCGUACCCACAUUUUUAUACCAUCAAACAUUAAUUAUACUUCCAUUUUUAUUUUCAUUAUUUCUGUAUAUAUACAUAUAUAUAUUCGUUGACAAAAGGGUCUUGUUGGUUGUUGAGGCAGCGAAAUGCAAGGGUGAAGUUUUUUGUGCAGUGAUCGGGUGUUAAUCUUCUAAAGGUUCUUGCUUUUCUUUAGGUUAUUUAUUCAACAUUGUUUGAGCUGUGGAUACUAAUUCUUGAAGAUCACUUCACUUCUGAGAAUCUUUGAAAAUCGGGGAUUCAAAGAAAAAUGGUGGCAAGAUCAUGCGUGAAUUUGGUGGACUUGGUCACAGGGGAUUUUUUAAAUUUCCCUCAAACUGCCAGAGCUCUUCCGCGAGUUAUGACUGUUCCUGGAAUCAUGUCUGAUGUAGAUGGUAAACAGAGUAACGAUGAUGAUUUAAAUUCCUUCGCAUCAGAACAACGUCACAGGAUGAUUAUUGUAUCAAAUUUUCUUCCUCUCAAUGCUGAAAAGGAUGAGACCUCUGGCAGAUGGUGCUUUACUUAUGAUGAAGAUUCAAUUUUUUGGCAGCUAAAGGAUGGCCUCUGUGCUGAUACAGAUGUUGUUUAUGUGGGAUCUUUGAAAGUUAAUGUUCAUGAGAGUGAGCAAGAGGAAGUUUCUCUUCAGUUGCUUAAGGAAUUCAGUUGUGUGCCUACUUUUAUUCCUUCUGACAUCCAGAAACAGUUUUAUGAUGGAUUCUGCAAGCAAUACUUGUGGCCUCUACUUCAUAGCAUGUUGCCCAUGUAUCCAGGUUCUUGCGAACUCUUUGAUAGGUCACUGUGGCAGGCUUAUGUUUCUGCUAAUAGGAUAUUUGCUGAUAAAGUCAUGGAGGUCAUUAAUCCCGAAGUUGAUUAUGUUUGGAUACAUGAUUAUCAUCUCAUGGUUCUUCCGACAAUUCUCCGGAGGCGGCACAGUCGUGUCAAGCUAGGCUUUUUCCUCCAUAGUCCAUUUCCUUCAUCUGAGAUUUAUCGAUCCCUGCCUGUGAGAAGUGAAAUUCUGAAAGCACUGCUCAAUACAGAUUUAAUUGGUUUUCACACAUUCGAUUAUGCUCGCCACUUUCUGUCCUGCUGCAGACGAAUCCUUGACUUGGAAUAUGAAAACAAAAAGGGUUACCUUGGAAUUGAAUACUUCGGCCGUACAGUAUUCAUUAAAAUAUUGCCUGCUGGGAUUCAUAUGGGUCGCAUUGAAUCGGCCCUAAGUCACCCUUCCUGUUCUAUGAAAGUUUUAGAAAUCUGCAGAGAAUUGGAGGGGAGAAAACUUAUUAUCGGUGUUGAUGAUAUGGAUGUAUUUAAAGGUGUAAGUUUAAAGUUCUUGGCCAUAGAAAAACUUCUGAAGGAAUAUCCAGAACUGCGGGGUGAAAUAGUACUAGUCCAAAUUCUAAAUCCCCCAAAUAGUGCCAGUAAAGAUGCUGAGGAAGUAAUGGAGGAGGCCAACAUUACUGCGGAAAUGAUAAAUGAGAAGUAUGGUUUUCCAGGUUACGCUCCUAUCGUUAUCAUUGAUCAUCAUGUUCCUUUUUAUGAGAAGGCAGCCUAUUAUACUUUGGCAGAAUGUUGCAUUGUGAACGCUGUACGGGAUGGUAUGAAUUUGAUUCCAUACCAAUACAUUGUCUGCAGGCAGGGGAGUGCGAAAACGGAUGAAGCCUUGGAAAUAUCUUAUGACUCCCCUCGAAGAAGCGCGCUUGUUGUUUCUGAGUUCAUAGGUUGCUCCCCAUCUCUUAGUGGAGCAAUCAGGGUAAAUCCGUGGGAUAUCAAUGAUGUAGCUGAAGCACUAAGAUCAGCUAUUAUGAUGUACGAUAAAGAGAAGAAAUUCCGGCAUGAGAAGCACUAUAAGUAUGUUAGUUCUCAUGAUGUGGCUUACUGGGCCCGGCAUUUCGAGCAAGAUCUAGUUUUCUCUUGCAAGGAUCACUACGCGAAAUGUUUCUGGGGCCUUGGCUUUGGCCUGAAUUUCAGAGUUUUGGCCCUCUCUCCGAGUUUUAGGAAGCUGUGCACACAUCAAAUUGGCUCUGCAUAUAAAAGGGCAGAUUGCAGGGCAAUCUUUUUGGAUUAUGAUGGUACUAUUGUACCUCAAGCUUCCAUUGUAAAAGCUCCAAGUCCUGAAGUUGUAUCUGUGCUAAAUAAUCUCUGCAGUGACCCUAACAAUACUGUGUUUAUUGUUAGCGGCCGGGGGAAAACAUCACUGGGUGAAUGGCUUGAUCAGUGUGAGAACCUUGGUAUAGCGGCUGAGCACGGUUAUUUUACAAGGUGGGGUAAAGAAUCAAGCUGGGAAAUGAGUCAUGCAGACACAGAUUUUACAUGGAAAAGGAUUGCUGAACCCGUUAUGAGAUCAUAUACUGAGGCGACAGACGGCUCCUACAUAGAGACCAAAGAGAGUGCAUUGGUAUGGCAUUACUAUGACGCUGCUCCUGAUUUCGGAUCAUGGCAAGCCAGGGAGCUCUUGGAUCACCUUGAAAAUGUGCUCGCAAAUGAACCUGUAGUAGUAAAAAAGGGUCAGCAUAUUGUUGAAGUCAAGCCUCAGGGGAUUACUAAAGGGUUAGUUGUACAGCAAGUUCUGUCUAGACUAACAACCAUGAAAGGAAAAUCGCCGGAUUUUAUACUUUGCAUCGGAGAUGAUAGAUCUGAUGAGGACAUGUUCGAGAGCAUAUUGACCAAAUCUGACAGUGCAACUUCAUCCUCAGCACCAGAAAUCUUUGCCUGCACUGUUGGCCAAAAACCAAGCAAAGCAAGAUACUACCUAGAUGAUACCAUGGACGUGAUGGCGCUACUUACCGCUUUGGGGUCUGAAUCAAGAUCUUCUACAGAAGCCCCUUCUGAAAAAGCAAACUUCUGCGUUGAGAGAACUGUUUAAAAUUUACAUCUUUUCUCUGUUUAGGUACCAGUUACAUAGGAUACAGACUCAGUGGUUUAUGGUUUUUAUAAGAUGUAGACAUGCAUGCAUGCUUUAAGGAUAGUUUUAAGUCUGAGUAGUUUCGGUUGUUUAGAAUGUUGCAGCUUUAGGUUUAGAAGCUAAGCAGCUGGUAAAAAUGAUUGGUUUUAUUGGUUGGCAGGGGUGUCAAGUGGAUGUUUCUCUUGGUUUCGAUUAAAGGAUGCUGGAUAUAUUCAUGGAUUACAGAGUAUAGGCACUCUAGCUGUAUGAAAAUCCGUUGUUUUAUCAUACUGAAGCUCAUUCGGCA